AUGUCGCGUUCAACUCCUCUCAAACUCCUGGACCUACCGCCUGAAAUCAUUCACAGCUGCCUGCUUCUUUUGUCUCUUAACGACCUAGCACACUGUCUACACACAGGCAACCGCCACCUCACACAAAUCAUGUCGACCUCCCUCGACAUUCGUUAUCGCGUCGAGCAAGAAUUCGCCGGCGUUGAAGAGAAUCCGGAUUUCCCGGGCUUUGCUCUACUCCCUCUUGAUGCGCGGCUGCAGGCACUUCGCGAGAGAGAGCGCCGCUGGCGGGAAUUCGCUCCUGUGGCGCGAUACUCAAUCGAAUAUCCUCCAUUCUCUGGGGUGGCUCGUCUGUGCAGGAAAGAUUGUGCGCUGUGGCUCUUUACUGUGGGUGAUGACGACGACCAUUUUCUGGUGCUGUCUCACACACUCUUCGCUGUGGAUCUGGCGCUCGGCGCCCAGCCCGCCCAAUGGCGGACCGUUUUUACGGGAUCAACCUUCAUCGAAUUUAUAUCACUGCAAGAGCACGACUUACUUGUUAUCGUUGCAAUAACACCUUGUGACGACCACAACUCGCGGGUAUCGAUGGACGCUCUCAUUCUAACGCUUUCCAGCAGCACACCCCAUCCUCUUGCGGCGGAGCCUAAAAUUCACUUGGGUAUUAGAAAGGCACUAGAUUUUCCCACCCUGAACGUUGAUAUCGACGUUGCUGGGGAUCUCCUCGUGAUUUCCACUGUGAAAUGGUUCGGAAGACCGCUCGAUCACGAUUCAUUGCGUGUGUUUGAUUGGAAACGGGGUGUCCUCAUACCGACACAACCAAACCCCAGUCACGGUCCGCGUCUUGCAUUUCUGUCUUCACAACACCUGAUAGCUCCGAACACCCUUGACAACUCCCUGGACGUUCUUUGCUUCGGAGCAUCGGAGACACCGGAUCGGCGCGCUUUCCCUGCAGCUCCGGAAACAUCGCACAUUUUCUUCGCAUUCAACACUUCAUACGGCGGCUAUGGUGCCGCCGGCACGAAGCACCAUGUACUCGCGAUUCGCCCGGCACCCUUGAUUCAAAUUAUUGGUGCAUGUACCGCCGGCGGCAACCGCACGAUCGCAUGGGCGGAUUGGGGCCCAAGAUGUGCUGGCUGGCUGGAUGCUGCUCGGCAAACAACCACUUGUUUGGCCAGCUGCGGCGCGCGCGGGGUCCGUUACGCGCCGGACAUUGGCUUGCGAGACCUCGACGGACCACCACAAAGCCCUUCUCGCCUGCAGUUGCUUGACUUUGGCGAGCGGGCGGUGGCCGCCGCACGGAGAAAGCAGAAGUCUAAUCAGUUCAUCGACCAGGACUCGGAGUUGAAACCUCCUGUCAUUGUCGAACCCAGUGCACUCAUAUUCGGGGAACCUGCGCCGGAUAGCAGCGAUCUGGCGCCUUUCGCAGAACCUGUCCGCUCGGAAGUGGCCUACGUUCAAAUAACCUCGAAGGAGCGGUAUGAGUUUGAAGACGUAGUCUUGACGGAUGAAUGUAUUAUAGGUCGGAAGCAGAAUCUGGACUCUGAGCAGGGGAGGGAAACACUCGACGUGCUAUUUUUCGGGUAG